AUGGAGAACAAGAUAUUGGCAAUGAUGGAAGAAUUAAAGCAAGGCAUGGCCAAUAUGAAAGAUGAGAUGAGGCAAGAGUGGAAGCAAGACUUCAGGCAAGAGAUGGCCACAAUAAGGCAAGAUGUCUCUAACUUGAGACAAGAAAAUCAUGCCUCCUUGAGACACUUGGAGACACAAGUUACCCAAAACUCCAAGGCAUUGGCCGAGAGACCGCAAGGGGCACUUCCGAGCACCACGGUGAAUAACCCCAGGGAGAGGGUGCAAGCCGUGACCCUUCAGAGUGGCAAGGAACUCCCGGAGCCGACCUUGAAGAAAAGCACUAACUCCAAGAGUCCCGUCGAAGAGGAGGUAGUUGAAGAAGUUCUUGAAGAUGACAAGGACAAAGAGAAUAGUGUAACAAAGAAAAGGAGUGAAGAAGAAGCCCCCGUGCUUGAGGAAAACUUAAUCCAUGAGAGGGAAAAUCAAAUAAGGGUACAAGUACAAGAAGAGAGUGAUGAUGAUGUGGAGAUAGUGUGGGAAGAGGAAAAGCUGUGUGGUGACACUAUUGAGCUUGCAUGUGAUGAUAAUAAUGUUCUUGAGUCUUUUACUUUUGGUGAUGAAUCUUUGUCAAAUGAGCUUACUAAUGAUUUGCAUGAGAUAUGCGAUGAUGAUGAUGUCAAUGUUGAUGCUAGCUUGAGUGAUUUAAAUGAUGUCGAGAUUGUGAAUUUUCUUGAUAAUUGUGUUGACGAUGCUUUGUAUAUUCAUGAAUUUCUUGGAGAAGUUGAGGAGGAAAAGGAUGGAUGUGGACGGGAUGUUUUCUUGAGUAGUGAAAAAGAAGAAGAGAAGGAGAGUAUGCUUAUGGAGAAAGAGACUGUUGAAGGAAAGGAGAAGAUUGAGAAAGAAGAGAGGGAGAAUGAGAAACAAGAAAUAAUGGUAGAAGGGGUUGAAAAUGAGAAUGUAAAAGAAGAGGUUGAGGACAAGAAAAAGACAAGAGAUGAGAAGUUAAAGGAGUUUAUCAAUGCCCGGCAUUUGAGGGCGUAUCUUAAAGAAAGAGUGGAUGGGGCAAAAGGACUUGUCCCCGUCCAAGUAUGUCGGAAUGAGGGCUUGAACGCUGCGUCGGGCUACGGACGUUAA